AUGAAAACACUUUUAAGCAGCUCAAGCCAUAAAAAUAGCUACUAGUUUGAAGGUAAUAGCAACAGCAAAUAAAGCAAGAUAGGAGAAUAUGGAAAUAUUGAUAAAUAAAAUUAGAUUUUAAGUGAUCAAAAUAGUAGAAAAUAAUACACUGAAGAGUUAGGUUAGGAUAAAUACAAUAUUUAACCAGCAAAUUAUAGAUAGUAGACCACGCAAUUAAGGAAAAUAGACCUGAAUAGAACAAGCAACAUCAAUACAAUUUUAAAUUAGUAGAGUAAUAACAAUAGGUCGUAAUCAAGAAGUUAAUCUCCUACUUAAUAAGAAAAUGGCAAAUUCAUUUCUUUCAAAAAAAAUUAAACAUAUGAACAAUCUAAAUAGUAAAGAUUCUCAUUAAUAGCGUAACAAAAAUAAGAAGAAGAAAUUUAAUCUGGCUUUAAUAAUAUCAAAAACAGGAGUAAAAGCAAUCUUUCUACUUCUUCUGCUUAAAAAAAAAAGGCCGAAAAGUAGGGUGUAAGCAAUUCUAAAUAAAAUGUAAAGAUAAUCAAGCUUCAGCUUGAAUAAGAAAAAAAAGAAAGAAAUGGUAGCAGUUCAAGUAGGAAGUUAAUUAAUUCCAAAUAAGAUAAAUUGAAUAAAGGUUAAUAAGAAAUCUUAGGAAUAUAAUAGAUACCAAAUUUUAACGAUGACAAUUAUGAUUUUAUUGCAGGAAAGAACAGUGCUAGAGGCAAUAAGCAUAUUCAGCAAAGACUUAGCUAUAAUGAUCAAUACAUUUUUUAGGGUUAAAAGCAAUAAUCUUAAAUAAGCUCUCCUAAUUCAAAAAACCUAGCUAUUUUGAGUAAUAAUAAGAAUGAUUUUUCUCUUGAUGGCUACGAUAAAAAGCUGUAAACAAAAAUUGAGUUUAAUAAGAUAGAUUAAAAAUUUGAUAAAAAAAAUAUAAAUGUGCUUUCCAGCAAUCAUUCCAAGAAAUUUUCUGAUUUUUAGGAAUCUCAAUUUUUUGAGUUUGAAGAAGUCAAAAAGUAAAGCAAGACAGAGAGUAACAAUCAGACCACUAAAGAUUCUAACUAACAUGGAAAAUAAAUUAGUUAUAAUAGUAAGGAUAUUGAUAAUAAAUAAGGCAUGUAAAAAAAUUAGCCAACUGAGAAAAACGAUUUAAGAGUUUCUGAGUUUGAGAUUCUUGAAUAAAGUAUUUUGAGGGAGGAACAAGAAAUCAAAGGAAAAAAGAAUUAGUCAAAAGGCAUUAGUAACAAAAAGCUUUCAAAUCAAAGCAGUGGAUUUUCAAAUUCUAAUUAUAAUAAUUAUUUUAGCAAUGCCACCCCAACUUCAGAUUCCUUAAAGCACUUAAAUUUAGCAAUGGAAAGUGAACAAUACAGAAAGGAUUAGAGAAGCAGCAGUGGAAUAUGCCCAGAAACAGAUAAUAACUCUCUAAGUUCUUCAAUUCAUAGAAGUAACGAUUUAACAAAUCACAAGUUAGAUUUAGCAAUUAAAAGUGAAUAAAAUAAUUCAAAGCCUGCUUCAAGCUAAAUAACCUCCUAGAAACCACAGAAAGUUUUCAGUGUUUUAUCUUUGUCAUAGCAAAGCAGCUCUUAAGUCUAGCAAGACACAAGUUAGACUAAUUGCACAAAACCUAGUGGUGUUAGUGGGAGUGUCAAUAAAAACAAAAAUCUCAAGCAAAUAAAUUAAAAAGCUAAUUUUUCCAAGUAUCCAUCUGAAGAUAUCGCUAGCAAAUUGAUUAGUGAUAAUUAAAAUGACAAUUGCUUUAAUUCAAAUUAACAAACUUAAAAAAAGGCUUAAAGUAGUAAGAGAAACUAAUUUAAUUCUAAUGCAGUAAGCAAAUUACCAAAUAAAAAUAUAUCUCCAACUCUUUAUACUUCAAGAAGCCAAUAAUAGUUGAAUUACGUUUCGGAAUGUUCUAAAAAGUUGUUUUAGGAAUCAUAAGAAAUAGGAAUAAAUUCGAAGUCAAAAGAAAAUAUUGCUUUAUUUAAAUAAGCUCUUGAAACAAGAAAUAAAGCGAUCAGAGGUAGUGGUUUUACGAGUGCUAAAGCUGUUUCACCUUCAACAAGAUAUUAAGAAGUAAAAAAAAUACAUUCUAUAAACUAAAAUAUUAUAAUCAAUAAUUUACAAAAUCCUCAAAGAGGCAGCCUAACAUCUAGAAACAAUGUGUAAGAUAAUAAUAAUAUAGAUUCCAAUAACAAUUAGAAAGGUGAUUAAAGCAAUAAGCAUGCUGUAAGUGAUAAUAAUUCUGUAACUACAACAACAACAAACGCAACAAAUAACUGCAAGACAUAAAUUUCUACUCCUUUGUAAAAAAUAAAUACAAAUUCUAACUCAAUCAAUUAAAUCUUAAAGGCUAAGGUCUAAGACUCAAAAUAAAACAAUCAAACACAAUCUAACGCUCAAUCUAACAAAAAUAGUUCUAGUUAUUUUUUAGGCAAUUUCCAGUCAAUAAAUUCAAUUCAGACAACGAUUUCUAAAACAGAAAUUGGAAUCAGUCAAAAUUAAAUAGAUGAUUCUCACUGUGAUCAAAACAAUAUAGCAAAAUCUCCUUCUCAAAAAUACUACUUAGAUUACUAAAAUAAAUAAACCAAGUACUAACCUUUAUCCCCCACUUUUAAAACUGAAACAAAAAAUAAGAAUGUUUCAAAGAGCAUUAAUAAACCUCAUUAAAGUAAUAUCAGUGCUGACUUAUCAAACGGAAAUAAUCAUACAAUAAUCUCACAUGAAUUUACAAAUAGAAAAUCAAAUAAUUAAAGAGACACUGAAAAUAGAAAAUCAGAUCUAUUGGCCAGUGCUUCAAACACAUAAAGUUAUAAUUUUAUAAAUGAAAAGUCCAACAUAAUUAACAAGAUAUCAGGUAAUUAUAAACUUAACGAAAAAAGUAAUUUGGAAAGAAGCUUUAAUUUAAUUACCCCUUCUAAAUCGACGCUAACUCGCCAAAUCCAAUUAGCAGCCAAUCAGCAGGAAAAUUCAAUAACUAAAACAAAUGAAAAACUAUAACUAAUCUAAGAAAAAGAAAGGUCAAGAGAUCAUUCUCUUGAAAGAAAAUAAAACAACCUUAUAACAUAAAGAUCAAAGAGCUAAUAUAAAUAAACACAGUCAAACAUGGUAUAAUAAUUUUUAUAAACACCAAUUUAAUUGGAUGACUGCUCUCCAACCAACAACGACUACUCAAAUAAAAAUUAAAACAAAUAAUACUAAACACUCACAAAAGAUAGCAAUACAACAUCUUUAACUAAAAUUGAUAUAAAGGAAUCCUUAAAUCUCUCAAAAAUACCUACUGUGUAAACAAACUUAACUAGCAGCAUUAACUUAAGAGGAAAUGAAAAGGCAAAAAGUUAAUAACUAAAUAUAUCAAACAGCUCUCUUAUUAGAUAAAGCAAUAACAAAAAUAAUUUAGAUAUUAAAGAAGUGCAAAUCUAGCCAAGUUAAAAUAGUACUUUUAAUUUCAAGCCCUCAUAUUUCACACCACUAAACUAUGAAGAUUUGAGUGAUUACAUAGACCAUUCCAAAAGAAAUUCUUCUCCCACUGGUUUUGCUGUUAUGACAACAUUUAAGAAAUGA